AUGGCUGAGCCAGACGCUAAAACCGAAUCUGAAGUUGCAGUUGGCGGCGAAACUAACUCUGGUGCUGGCAAUGAAACUAAGUGUGGCGGUGAUGCUAAGGUCGAUGCUAGUACUCUAGCUGGCCUAGUAGAGCAAGACGCGGUUAGUACUGGAGAGAAGACCGAUGCCGGAAAUAACACCGAUACGGCUGCUGUUAAAGCGGAUGCUCCGCCAAAGACCGAUGCGGCUGCUGUUGCGGAUAAAGCUGACGACAACUUAAACCCCGAUAAGGCGGGUGAUAUUGAGCCUCAGGCUGAGGUUGACGCUGCAGUCGCUGACGAUCCAUGGGCUGUAGACAUUGAACCAUCCGCUGCAACCGUCGAACCGCCCGCUACAUCUGUCCCACCAGCCGCUACACAGGGCGUGGAUGACGGGGAGGGCGAAAAGGAUGGGGAAGAAGGGGACGUGGAUAUCAUGGAUGUAGAUGGCAGUGCGCCGGUUGCUGGAGGUGGUGCGUCGCUUGCCGGAGGUGGUGCUUCGAUGAUACAAGGGAAUAAGGAUGCUCCUCCUCCUGCUGGUGCUGUGUUAUUGGGCCGUCUCGUUCGGAAGAGCUUCGGCGGCGUGCCGUACCUUGGGAGAGUGUUUCAUUACGACCGCGACGAGAAUUGGUACAAGGUUCGAUAUGAGGACGGUGAUGCAGAGGAUCUGGAGGUGUCUGAGCUGGAGCAGUUGCUGUUAUCGGAGGAAGAAGAAAAGGCUGUUAACGCGGACAUCGAGACCUGGUCCGAAGCCAACAAGGGCGACUGGGGUGGUGGUGGUAUGAUGGGCGGAGGGGAGGGGUGGAUGAUGGGCGCACAUGGGGCGCUGGGGAGGGGUAAUGGUGUGGCGGAAGCGGUUGUGCCAGGGCCGGGCGCGAAGGUGGUGGGGAAGAGCGUGCUAAAGGAUUUUGAAGGAGUGCUGACUGAAGGGAAGAUCACCGCUUUCGAUGAAGAUACCAAGAAAUACACUGUAACAACACAUACUAACAUUGUGAGUAACUAUGUGGCGGGGAAGAGCACGCUGAAGGACUUCGAGGGAGUGCUUACUGAAGGUGGGAUGAAUAAAGCGAAGCACCGGCAUGGACAUGUCUUGCCUCAGCGCCCUCUCUAUUGGAAAUGCUGGUGCGGAAGGGCGUGGAGAGCAUUUUGGUGGUGGGGGAGGAUAAUUACAUACCAGGAGGACAUGGAGGAGGAGGAGGAGGAGGAGGAGGAGGAGGAGGAGGAGGAGGAGGAGGAGGAGGAGGAGGAGGAGGAGGAGGAGGAGGAGGAGGAGGAGGAGGAGGAGGAGGAGGAGGAGGAGGAGGAGGAGGAGGAGGAGGAGGAGGAGGAGGAGGAGGAGGAGGAGGAGGAGGUGGAGGAGGAGGAGGAGGAGGUGAUUGAGGAGUAUAAAUCGAUUGUUGUUCUCCUUUUCCCCCACACGCCCGCAGGUGGAAUACAAGGGCACAGAGCUCUCUUUAUUGGAAGUGCUGGUGUGAAAGGGCGUGGAGAGCAUUCUGGUGGUGGGGAAGGAGAGAUCAACUCUCACUUUGUUGCUUUCUCCUACAUCAGGUGGAAUAUGAGGGCACGGAGCACUCUCUUCUGGAAGUGCUGGUGUGUGAAGGCGUGGAGAGUUGUGGUGGUGGAGGUAGAGAAUUACCUACAAACUGUGCUGCGUGUUUCCCCUAUUUCAGAAGUGCUGGUGUGGAAGGGCGUGGAGAGCAUCUUGGUGAUAGGAGAGGAUAACUACAUGCCAGAGGAGGACAUGGAGGAGGAGGAAGAGGCGAUUGAAGAGGGGGAUAAGGCAGGGGAGAAGGUGGUUGCUGUAAUAGAGACUCAAGAGCCAAGGGCAGGUUUGGGAGGGGCAUUAGGCGUGACUGAAGCAGCAGCGCCUCAGGUGGAAACAGCAGCGCCUCAGGCAGAAAUAGCAGCAGCUCAGGUGGAAACAACAGCGCCUCAGGUGGAAGCAACUGUGCCUCAGGCGGAAACAGCAGCGCCUCAGGCGGAAGCAGCAGCACCCCAGGUGGAUACUACAGUGCCUCAGGUGGAAACAACAGCACCUCAGGUGGAAACAACACCUCAGGAGGAACUGACAGUAUCUCAGAUGGAGGUAACGGCUUCACAGAUGGAACUAACUGCAUCACAAAUAGACAUGGCUUUUGAGGCAACACGCAUGGAGGGGAUGGAGUCACAUAAUCAGCAGGCAACUGAUAUGGAUGGGACAGUAUUAUCACAUAAUGAAGCAGCUCAUAUGGAGGUGACAGAGUCACAAAUUGAUGCUGCUCAUAUGGAGGUAACAGAGUCACAGAUUGACGUAACUGUGUCGCAAUUUGAGGUAACCGCGUCGCAGAUUGAGGUGGCGAAUGCAGUGAUGGAGGAGAUGGGUAUGGAUGAGGCGACUGUGGUUGUGGCCACUGGAACAACUUCUGAGGCGCCCAUUCAGGUGCCUGAUCAGGUGUCUGUUCAGGUGCCUGCUGAGGCGCCUCAAAGGAUGGAGGAGAUGGGGAUGGAUGAGGCUGUGAUUGUGGCGACUGGAACAGAGGGCGGGGAAGGAAAGGCCGCAGAAGUAGCAGCAGAGGAUAUCACUGGAACUGCUGCUGGGGCUGAGCCUGCAGCUGUAGCGGAGGGGGUACUCGCAGCAGCAGAGGCUGAGCCGGCGGCUGUUGAGUUUGCAGAGGCUGGGCUGCCACAGGCUGAGACGGCAGCUGAAGCAGAGGGAGUGGCUGAAUGA